CGUGUUCAUCUGUUGCACAGGACAAGCUCUCGUUUCCAGCUCUGAGCUUCAUAACCACAUGUUGCUGCACUGAUUGACUGCAUUAACGCUCCUGCAGCUGCUUCUAUAUCUGUCGGUCUCUCUCUCGCUCUCUGCCUCCCUCCCGUCCAUCCUUCGUUCGGCUCAGUUGUUGUGUCUAUCUCCAAGCGGCAGAGAGCUUUUCGGAGUUGCAGCCUGAUGUUAUUUUGGACCUCACCGAUUCAGACGUCGAGAGAGAACUGCGAGCGCUGCAGAUGUGAGGCUUUUUAGGGAAACAUCCCUGCACACUCCCUUCUCUGCAUGUGAGAAGCUGUACUGGACAGAACCACCAUCAUGCCAGGCCUGAUCAACAAGAGCAAAUGGAGCGCUCUGCCUCUCAGCGUCUCCGACAUCACUUCCUGCGUCAGGGGUUACACCUUGGCAAUGACAGCCUCCUUGACCUAUGAAAAUAUCGAAGAUCACCCUAUCGAGGGAAUCUUUAUAUAUCCUCUGGAUGGGAGCAGCGUUGUGGUCGGGUUUGAAGCGAUGAUUGGCAACCAGAUAAUAACCGUGCAGGUCAAAGAUAAAACGAAAAUCGAUGACUGUUACUUUGAUAGCUGCAAUGCCAAUGGAACCCUGCAGAGCGGAGGUGGUCAUAUAGUUUUGGAUGAGGAUCAGGAGAGGACAGUGCUGGUGGUCAGUCUGGGGGUCAUUCCUCCUCUGGAGACCAUUAAUAUACUGGUCAGCACCUCCUCGGAGCUCAGCACGCUCCCUAACGGGGGAAUUCGGGUGAGCUCACCCCCCGUCUGCUCUCCAAGAGUCCAACGUUCUGUCAAAGAGGAGCAGGCGUUUUCGCCCAGCACUGCUAGAAGGAGGGAUCAGCAUCAUUGUGCAGUGGGAACCCAUGAGCAGACGGCCUCAGGAGUGUGUUUGGCUGCUCUGUUGGAGGAAGAGACCAUAAACUCCAUUGAUUAUGAGUUUAAUUUCCAUCUUGAGAUCAGAGGACCGUAUUUACUGGCAGGUGUGGAAAGCCCUUCACACGCCAUCCGGGCAGACGCUGACCCCUCGGCUCGCUCUGCCACCAACAUUGUGGUCACGCUGGCAGACAAGUACACCUACGACUGCCCUGUGGAGAUACUGAUCUAUCCCAGUGAGCCCCAUCUGCCACACGUUCUCAUUGAAGACGGAGACAUGACGCCGGAGGAAUACGAUGAGCAUCUGAAAGGACGGAGCGACUACAUAAAGGCCACGAAGAAGGACAGCAGUAAUGAAAAGACAGUGGACAUAAUUCGGAAGAGGCUCCAUAAAGACAUCCUCCACAACCCCGUGGUCAUGCUCAACUUCUGCCCAGAUCUCCGUUCGACGACCUCUGACCUGCGGAGCAUCCAAGGGGAAUUCAUCUUUCUCAUUGACCGCAGUGGAAGCAUGAGUGGGGUCAACAUCAAUCGAGUCAAGGAUGCAAUGGUUGUGAUUCUGAAAAGUCUCUUCCCAGCAUGCUUGUUCAACAUAGUGGGCUUCGGAUCCAAGUUCAAAACGCUGUUUGCCACCAGUCAGAGCUACGAUGAGGAGAGCUUGGCAUUGGCUUGUGAGCAUGUGAAGAAGAUCCGUGCUGACAUGGGCGGCACAAACAUAUUGGCUCCUCUCAACUGGAUCCUACGGCAGCCCAUGCAGAGAGGACAUCCUCGCCUGCUCUUCCUCCUGACUGAUGGAGCGGUCAGUAACACGGGGAAGGUUAUUGAGUUGCUCCGCAGCCACGCCAGGUUCACCAGGUGUUACACGUUCGGUAUAGGCCAGGGUGCGUGCAGGAGACUGGUUUUAGGACUGCCCGCCGUUUCCAGAGGCACAGCUGAGUUCCUGGCAGAAGGAGAACGGCUGCAGCCCAAGAUGAUUAAGUCUCUGAAGAAGUCCAUGACAUCAGUACUGACUGACAUCUCCAUUGAGUGGCUGUAUCCAGAGACAAAAGAGAUCCUGCUUUCUCCGGUCGGGGCGACCUGUCUGUUCCCUGGAGACCGGUUGAUUGGAUACAGCGUGGUCUGUGACACCUCCCGAUAUCACUCCAACCCCAAAUCAGACAAACGGAGGAGGUACAGCAUGAUGCGUUCCAAUGAGUCGGCCAGUUCAGUGUUCUAUCACUCUCAAGAGGAGGAUGCUGGGAAGGUUCCUUCAGACGGUCAGGGGCCGCACAGGGACAAUCAAGUCGGUUCGCUGUUUGACGGUUGCCAGGAGACUGAGAGUAGUCCUAUUGCCACGGAGCAAGACAUUAUGGGAACUGAUACAGCCACCUCUCCGAGAAGACGUGCUUAUAGCACCAAUCAGAUUGUAGAUUACAACCCCAUGAAGAAGGCCUACACCCCCAGUGAUCCCAGCUCAGUGGUGGGCAAAAACCCUCUUAGAAGGGCAAAAGUCCAGGAGCUCAUUGGACAGACACAUCCUGACCAUGGAGCUCAGUGGAAAAUGGACUACCAGCCACAGCUGGCCAGCCUGUGUGCCACAUCUUCAAGAGGACGUCCCAUAACUGCUCACAAACCUCCAGUGCAGCAACCAGAGGCUUUCCAGGGGGAGUCUAAGCCGGAUCAGACCCAUCCCGGCCCGGUGGUGGAAAACGGCUCCAGGUCUUCAACCGACAGCCCUUCUCUAGGAAGCACCGGUGAUGCAGAUGGCUACACGCAUCAGCUUUGCGAAGUCGAAACACCCCAGGAACCUCAUGCGCCAGAAUUUAAGGCCAGUCAUGGAAAGGGAGACUGCAAAGCGGUCAUAACAGGACUGCUGUGUGGGAAACCCAUGAGAUGGGAGGUGGCCUUUGACAUCCAGCCUUACCUGAAAGGCCGAGAGCGGGAGGAGAAAGUUCACGAGGAUCUGUGGAACGAAACCUUCCAUCACCUGGCGGGAUGCUCCAUUAUUCAAGACUUUGAACACAUGGCGGAUAAAGAGUGUGAGAUUGAGCAUGGCUCUGGGAGAAGGUACCAGCUUUACGCCAUCCACACGAGCAAAGCCUGCAACAUCUUGAGCAAAUACACAGCAUUUGUACCUAUCGAUCUGGACAGCAAUGAAUAUUUACCCACCUGCGUUGAGUACAGCCAUCCCGGGGAGGAUCAUAAACGAAGUUCGCACUGCAGUUCUCGUUCCGGCAGCAGGAAGAACCGCGGUUACUCUGUAGGUCUGGGUCGCUCGCAAUCAGGAGGUUUGCCUGGGCAAGAUGACACAGCAAUGUGCUACAAUGUAGACGACGCAGUCCAGUCCCCCAGCAAAACACCCUCAUCCUCCAGCUGGGAACGAUGUAGCUCUUCUGAAGCCUCUCAAAGGAGUUCGUCGGUGACCUCCGACCACUCGCAGAGAUCAGUCGAGAGCCUUUUCUCCGCCAGCAAGCUGAGCCUGAGCAGGACACGUCUCCUGACGAAAGCCGCCAGGGGCUUCAUGAGCCGGUCACAGAGCAAAAUCAGCAACUCAGUGGGAGAGAACGAAAAUGACAACAAGGACUACAUCCCUCUGGUGUCACUGCAGCUGUCCUGUGGGGCGUUCAUGUUGGACAGUGCCUUGUGUGACGCCAUCAACGUGCCCAUGGACAAGCUAAAGUGGACGUCGCCGUUCACCAGCCACAGAAUCAGCCUUACCCACGUGUCCCACUCCAGCUCCCGGCGUUCUGAGAGUCUAGAGGUCCACCACGGCUCCUCGCCUCCUCCAAAAGACUCAGAUCUGAAUGAGGAGUUGGUGUCCCAGACGUCUUCGUCCUCAUUCCAAUCCCGAAGCCCUCGGAUGGAGGGCGAGCCCUCGCUGUUGAGUGGCUUUUCGUCAAUGUCGACCGAAGCCCCGCCGUCGCCUAUCAACUCUUUCUACGACAGUGGACGGGGAUCUGAGUCAGAAAUCGCAGAGACGCCCCUGCUGGGUUCACCCGGGAUCCUGCAAAGGCCCGUCCAAGACCCCGAGGGGAUGGUGUGGGCAACCGCGGUUGCUCUGGCCUGGCUGGAACACAGUUCGGCUAGUUAUUUCAUCGAGUGGGAGAUGAUCGCAGCCAAAGCCAGCAUGUGGCUAGAUGAACAGAUCGUCCCAGAGGGCCGAGACCUGGCGUCGGUCAAAGCCGCGGCCAAUCAGCUCUUCAUCAUCCUCAGACACUGGGACGAGAACCUGCAGCUUAACAUGCUCUGCUACAACCCCAACAGCAUGUGAGGCCUGAUAGGGUAGGGACGAAACUUUAAACUAUGCGAAACAAUGAGUUGUUUUAAUGUUUAUUCUGUGGGUUUCGUUUUAGUUUUAUGGAUAGAAACGUACCAGUAUUUCAUCCGCCCGGAGGCCAGAAACAUACUCUGCGCAGGUAUGUAGACGCCAGUGUAUUGCUAGCUUCCUAUUGUACAUAUGUAACUUGCAUUACUGUAGCAGAAACAAACCUUGUAAAAAAAACUGUAUGUCUUAGAUGGAAAAAAAAAAUACAGGAAGUUAAAAAAAUUGCAGUUUUGAGGAAGUAGAUGCAAAACAGUAUUUUUAAAUGCAGUAUUAUUAUAGUUUUUAUUAAUAACUUUAAUUUUAUAUUUGUAAUUUUGUUGUUUUCAUAAAUUUUAGUAUGUUUUUUUUGUACUGUUUGGGUUUAAUUAUUUUUUGUCUCUGUUUUAGAUUAUUUAUUUCAAAUGAGUCAUUUUAGUGCUUCAACUUAAAGGGAUAGUUCACCCAAAAAUGAAAAUUACUCCAUUAUUUACUCACCCUCAAGCCAUCCUAGGUGUUCACUACCAGUCAAAAGUUUUUGAACAGUAAGAUUUUUAAUGUUUUUUUUUUAAAGUAGGCUCUUCUGCUCACCAAGCCUGCAUUUAUUUGAUCCUAAAUACAGGAAAAGCAGUACAUUUUUAAAAUAUUUUUACUAUUUAAAAUAACUGCUUUCAAUUUGAAUAUAUUUUAAAAUGUCAUUUAUUCCUGUGAUCAAAGCUGAAUUUUCAGCAUUAUUACUCCAGUCUUCAGUGUCAUAUGAUCCAUCAGAAAGCAUUCUGAUAUGCUGAUUUUCUGUUCAAGAAAUAUUAUUAUUAUUAUUGUUAAUAUUUAAAACCGUUGAGUACAUUUUAUCAGGAUUCUUUGAUGAAUAAAAGGAUCCAAAGAUCAGCAUUGAUCUGAAGUCAAAAGCUUUUGUAACAUUAUACACUAUACCAUUCAAAAGCUUGGAGUGGGUAUGAUUUCUUUUGGGGGAAAGAAAUGAUAGAACUGAAUACUUUUGUUUAGCAAGGACGCUUUAAAUUGCUCAAAAGGUGAUGAUAAAGACAUUUAUAAUGUUACAAAAGAUUUCUAUUUCAGACUCGGCUGUUUUUAACAUAAUAAUAACAAUAAAUGUAUCUAAUAUCAUCGCGAUCGCCUUUCCUAAUAAUGUGCUAGUUAGCAAGUUUAGCAGCUAAAUGCGGCUAAAGUAAACAGGCUCGUCACUCCACAGAGAGAGGAGAGGGGCGGGGCGAGCACAGCUCAUUUGCAUUUAAAGCAGCCUCGACCAGAAUAGGAUGAUUUUUGCAGAGCUGAUUUUGGCAAGGUAAAAAAGAGUGUUGUUUUACACUACCACUGAGAUUUUUUAACCAAAGUAUAUUAUAGACUCUUCAUUAAGACCCUAAAGAAUCAUAUCAACUUGUGGAAAAUGGACAUCUGAUGACCCCUUUAAAUAUUUUCAAAUAUCAGUAUUGACCGUUCUAUGUUUAAAAUAUCAAAACAUUAUUAAUGCAUUUGUGACUUCAGGUUAAAUGCAUUCAUGACCUGCAUUAAGCAGUGUGUAAAUGCAUCGAAAUGCCACUUCAAAUGCAGCUUCUAUGUUUCCCUUGCAUUGCAAAGACGAAUUUUGUUGAUACUGAUUUCAUUUGUUUGGUAAAAGCCCAAACAUAAGAAUUUGACUCAAAAAGAUAAUGCACACUUUUUGAAAAAAUGCUUAAACUUAUUAAACUUAUUGGGAAAGACUUAUUUCUAUCAGUGUGAACUGACCAACAUACAGAAUAUGAAGAAUAGCAAAAAAAUUAGGAGUCAGCUGUCCAUGGUAGCCCUUAAAACACCAGCACAAUAACACACUCAGCAAAAUACCGUCUAAUUAUUGUUUAAGAUAAAAUCCUAGAAAUAUCAAGAUAUUAUUUUUUGUCAAUAUUACACACCCCUAAUCCCUAGUUUGUACCAUUAAUUUAAUCGCUGUUUCAUUCAUACAAAAGUAAUGGGAGUAAAUAGGUGCUAUAGCACCCCUUGUGGCAACACUGACAAUGCAACUUGAAUUAGUUGAAUUCUGACACAUUUAUAAACUGUGAAAUGGAGUUAGCAUGAUGUAGCCGGAAGCGUUUGCCCUCACAUAUUUGCGUAGAGUAUAUUCCAGGCCUCACGCCACCUUAAAAACUUGCAUGUCUGCAAUUUGCGUCCGUGAAAUGGAACGAUCGUUUGUAUUUUUUAGCUUGUCUCUGAAAUAAUAAUGUGCAUAUGGUUUAAUGAACUGUCUGGUUGCUGCUUUGGAAGAUUUUGUACCAUAAUCGUACGAAGCCUAAUAGUGACUUUUGUUCAUUAGUUGGCGUGGUUGGCUGCUACUGUAUAUGUGGCAUUUCAGGCUGUUUUAGCUGAGGAUCCAGUGACUUCUAAGAUGCAGAUACAUGUAUAACAUCAUGCAAUGUUCAUUCGUUUGCCUUUACGAUCGUUGAAGAUGUCAAAUCGUCGCUGGAACGACACUUUUGAUUGCUGUUAAGUGCUCUCCAGUCCUAAGUGCCUAACCUUGCAGAACUUUCUGGACUGUUGAUAUGAACGUUGUACUGUUACUGCAAUGCGUAAUUGAUUAUUUUUUCAUUUCGCUGACUAUAUUGGCGUGUAUGUAUUAUUAUAGUACUCCGUUGAUGUCAGUUACAAAAAUUGUAAAGAAAAGAGUGGCUGUAAAUAUAUGUCAACAAGUAGCUUAAAUGCGAAAACACACAAGCUAAUGUUCCUCUCGUUAUAUUGCGUCGGUUUAUUUUAUUAUCAUACGUAUUACUCCUCAGGUAUUGCUCUUGAGUACUGUUGUCUAAGUAGAUGCAUGAGUGGUUUGUGGAAAGAUCUUUCAUCUCAAGGUUCUUUUCAGACCGAACCUCUCUUAUGCGCUUGUGACGGUGGCAGCUGGUUUGUGAAAAGUGCAUUGCGUCAAUCAAUUGUACUUUGUACUUAAGUGUUAAAUUCUCUUCAAGUCGUGCGUACAUGCUAGUGCAAUGCUGGACUGUGUAACUGCAUGUAAUAAAGA